AACAGAUUUGUCCUUUAUUUUGAACAAGUAUUUAUUUUAUUAGAAGUUUUUUUUUUUUUUCAAGUCUGCAUUUCAACAUGGCGGCUGGGAAGUCCAGGGCCCCAUCGUGGAAGCCGGAACCGACUCCAGAAAAAAUAGGGACGAGUUUUUUUCAUCAGCAGCUCAACAAGCGGACGGUCCUGAAUGCCCGGGAUGAUGUGAAAUCACUCCUGCACUGUCUGAUAUUCGUCUCUAAGAUUUCCCCAGAUCUGGCCGAUAAGAGGGACCUUGGAGAAUACUGGGAACAUCAAUUCCAAGGGUAUAACCAGGGUGAGAAUGUCACAGGUCUGCUGCUCCUGUAUCCUGCAUACACCGUCCACUGUCUCGAGUCUAGCGGAGACGUCUUCUACUGUGUGAUCAGGGACCUUCAACGGAUGAAGAAAAAAGGCGACAGGGCACUCAUAUUGGACCCCAAAAUUGUGGUCAUGUCUCAUAACAUUCCCAGUCGCCUGUUCAGUCAGUGGAGCUACAAAGUUUUGGAUGUUCCAGGUCAGUACUUGGGAGAUAGAUUCAGUGAGGAGGCCACAGACGGGAUCAUCACCGAGUGUCUGACCAAGAUACUGAAAAUCGGGAAACAUCUCACGAAAUACCCCAAGGGUUCCAAAAACAUCCCAGACUCCGUGUUCGAGAAGAUCCCAGAGCUGAUCAUCCCUCAGACCUCCAUCUUGCACCUUCUUCAGUGUAAAGAUCUGCUCACACCAGAACAGUUUUUGAGGGUGUAUGACACCCCCUUACAUAUAAUGCUGGACUCGGGACAUGUGUUUGGGAGUUUAAACCAGACCACGGUGUAGGUUUCCACAGAACCCAAUGGGGGAGAUCGUGUUUGGCCCACCCCCGUUCAUUUAACACCCGUAAAGACCCGACAGCUUCAAUGACGAAAACUUUUUGUACAGCAGGUGGCGCCGCAACGUUAUGUGAGCCAAGAAAAAAAAAAUUAACGACUUCCAAUUAUCACUCAUAAAAACAGACCGAAGGCAGAUUUAUUAUUUGGCAGAAAAAAAAAAAAAAGUCAUAAUUUUUUUCUUUCAUCAUGAUCCAAAAAAAUGACGCUUCAUUUUCGCUCAUCUAGAGUUGCGUGAAAAUUGCGAAAAAAAAAGGUGAAAAUUUAUGAACUUCACAAAAUAUUCCCACUGGGCGCAUGCAAAUAUUUUUCAUAUAUAUCAUGACUUUUGCCCAAACCGAGUCAACUUUAGAAGAACUAAAGAUCAAAAAUGUUGGAAAAUUUCAGCAAAAAAAACUUUUAAAAAUUUAAACUUGAAAAUGUAAUUGUAAUGUAAAUGUAAGUUUGUUUUCAA